AAAAUGUCCUAAAACCCCAGUUUUUCCAGUUUGUGUGAUUUCCUCACUUCCCUCUCAAAUUCCCAUGGACAAUCUCACUCUCCAACCUCAUCAUCUUCAACAACAACAACGGCUAUUUCUUCUUCCGCAAGAUUUGAUGAACCCAUUUUCUCUCUCCUCAAAAAUCAAGCUUAAACCCCAAACCCUCUUCUCUAAUUCCCUUAAAUUCCGCUGUUUCUGUACUACUUCACAGAAUUUAGAGAACCCAAUUGCAGCAAUUAAACCCCACAAUGGGAAAUCCAGUAAAAGUAGCUUGCAAAAUCUUAACGGAAGCUGGUUGUCUUCUCUUUCAAUUAAUGGCACAAACAGUAAUAAAAUUGAAGGAAUUGACGAAAAUGGUGGGGUUGAAUGGGUAAUUGGUGUUGACCCCGAUCUUUCUGGUGCUAUGGCGCUCUUGAAAUACGACAAUUCUGGCUGUGUUUCUCCCCCGGUAACCAAAAUGGGGUUUUUUAUUCCCCAGUUGUGCAAUUAUCAGUUGGGAAAACACGCCGUAAACGAUUAGAUGCAAAGUCUAUUGUUCAGUUGUUGCAGAGUCUCGAUGCUCGAAAAGGAAGGAGGUAGAUCGCCUAUGGAGUUUGAUAUGGAUUUCUUCGAUUUUCGAAGCCCCGUCUUUUGGCAACAAUGCUCUAUUUUUGCCCAUGCACUGCUAUCAAUUGGUGUACUAGUGUCGUGGCUGUGCAAAGUGGUU